AGAUUCAGUGCUUUUUGGACCACUUUUUCACUCAAAUGUCAGACAUUUUUGUCUCGGAUUUUGAAAACAUUUGACAUUUCACUCAAUCUUAUUGUCCAAACACUGCGGCAAUGGUCUGUCAGUCGUCGCACAGACACCACUGAACCCAUUAUCACCGAAACACCACGAACUCGUUGGCGGCCAACAAAUGGAGGAAUUAAUAAAAGUCUUAAAACUGGGAAAUAAAAGCGAUAUCAACAACAAAUUGCAACAAUUCUUGAAUCAGUUCGGGAACGUGUUUACAGUGGAGGACAGCCUACAGCACAAGAAGUCGCUGUUGGAGAGCCUGUUCCGAGUGCUUCGGGACCCGGAGUUCGUUGGCGAACAGGUCUUAUGUCUUCAAGUGUUGCGGAUCCUCACCAGAGAUAAGAGCCAUUUGGAUGAGCUGUUCAGCGCCGACCGCAUCGAGACUGUGCUCCACUUAGCUAUGCUGGUGGGCGAGGAGGAGGCCUUCAUGACCCGCCAGAACGUGCGGUUCGACCCGCAAGUGGUGGUCGAGGCGCAGAAGUGUCUCUGCAAUCUCAUCUACAACUCCCACACCAUUCAGAAGCUGUGCGCCAAUAACUCGUGUAUUGAGGGCAUUAUGUUGAGGCUGAGGAUGCAUCCCGACCCCCAACUGCCACAAGAAGUGAAGUACUUUGAUAUGCGGAUGCUUUUCCUAAUCUCCGCGCUUUGCGCUGAAGUUCGGCCGCGAAUUCGCGAUGAAUAUCAUGGACUCAUAUAUCUUAUGGAA